AUGGACAGAAAUAUUCUCGCGACUAAAGACAGGCCAAGCAACAAGAAGAACGUGGUCGGAAAGAGAAGGAAGAACAAUAAAGAAGAUCUCAAAGUUGUUUACAUCUCCAGCCCUAUAAAGGUGAAGACAAGUGCGUCCGAGUUUCGAGCCCUCGUUCAAGAGCUCACCGGAAAAGAUUCCGACAUCGCCGAUUCCCACUUCGAAGAUCACCUCCAUCGUGAUUUUUCUCCGACCAAAUCGGUUUCCGAUCGCCGGAGAGACUUAGAAGAAGAAUAUUUUCUGGCGACGCUAAGGGGUUCCGUCGAAAACGACGGAGACUCGCCGAGUUGCUCGGAUCACCGUAAUCUUCAGAUGGAGGACAGCUUCGUAGAGACGAUGUUGUCUUCUGUUUUGUUCAACGAGUAUGCUUUGGGUUAUGGUGUAAACACAUAA